AUGUUCCAUUCUUGUAUGUAUGGGAAGAGACGUAUUCCCUGUUGCGAUAUUUUUCGUCCAACUUAUGUAAUGCUUAGAGGGAGAUGUUUUAGAAUGCGUGCUUUUGCCCAAACAGAGCCUGAUGAGGCAGGGAAGUUAACUCUGUUUUUUAAGGAGAUGUCAUCUAGUUAUCUAGCAGUGACUGGAAGACAGGCAUUUUUUUAGAAUUUAAUUCGAAAUUGAAAAAAAUCCUUAAUAAUAUUAUAAACGGGUUCAGAAGUCAAAUAAUAAUCUUAUCUCUCUUUUAUGCCGCAGGCGAAAAUUAUGAAGAGUU